AUGACGACCUUGUUGACUCCCCGCGAAACCCAUUCGCCUUUUCCUGAUCCUCUACGGUGUCCCACCGGUCCCACCGCGCAACGAUAUUUCUUAGAAGAUCACACCAUUCCCAGGAAAUUACCCAUGCGAGAUGAUUAUCGUGCGAGGGACUCUUCCCCAGUCGCAAAUCUGCCCUCCGUACCCCCUUCUCCGAGCUACAUUCCUACACCCGAACAACUCGCCUAUGCGCCAAUGAAUAGCAUAUCACCAGAAAACGAACUUAUCCUACCCUCCUACGAAACAGAACCUCACCAUAAUGCGAAAGAACUCGAGGAUAUGAGCGAUGCGUCGACAGAAUCACACCUACCUUCGUGGACGUUACAGGCUCCGUCGGCAGAUGACAGCUUAAUCGAAGAUGAACCAUCCAGGCACGUGGACUACCUUUCACAUGACUGGAAGGAGGAGGAUAUUUGGUCCUCUUGGCGCUAUGUGACGAGUCGGAGGAAUGAUUAUAGUAAUGGUGUGAGAUUAGAGAAUGCUUCUUGGAGGACAUGGGCCAAGGCCAAACACAACCUGAAGACGAUAUCGCCGGAAAGCCUCAAUUGGCUGAAGGACUGCGAUGUUACCUGGCUAUAUGGGCCAUUAAAAAGUUCUGUCGAACGUGUAACCUCUCCGUCUCCCCCUCCAAGUCGCUUGGAGACACCAAACUGUUAUCUAGACCCAAAGCCAAUCCUUAAGAAGAAGACCGCGUCAGAGGCCAUCCUCCAGCGCUCACUAUCUCAACAUACGUUACUCCAACAUGCAGGGGCCAUUCUCAAGGCCCAAGAAGCCGAGAAUAUCUGGGCUCGGCCCCCUUUCCCCAGGUCCAACACAGACUUGGACCACUUGCAUCACCGGACUGGAAGCUCAACCUACUCUCUCGGUGGCACUCUCACUGCCUCAUCAUCAUCUGGAAUGACAUCUCCAAGCGAGCGACGCCGUAUCCACUUCAACAAUGAAGUCGUACAAUGCAUCGCGGUUGAAGCCAAGGGCUAUGAUGAUUGGCCCGCCACCUUUGAAGACGACUCAUCUUCCGACGACGGCGUAGUCAUGAUGAGACAAAUCUCCAGCCGGUCCUCUCUCAGCAACCGCAGCACCCCACGCAACAGCUUCAGCGAUGGGAAAACUAUCGCCCCCCUCCCUUCAACCACGCUCAAGUACCGUGUGGAUCCCCCCGAGCCCCCUCAGACGUUCUUUAGCCGAUGGUCCACCCCCACCCCGAAGUUAUCACCAACUCCCUCUGUGGAGACCAUACGUCCGUCAGGGCCAUCAGAGCCCUCGGCUAACUUUCUUUUGGAUGAAUGUGAAGAUCCCAGCCUGGACUUCACGGGAAAUUACCCCGAGCGUGAUCGCGCAUGGCUCAUUAAAGAUGAUCCACCAUCAGAUCACCCCCGAUUGACUGCUUCGGGCAUGAUCAUGCCGGAAGGCGAGACUGAAACCCCCAACAGCAGCAUCUUGGACCGGGUUGUGGACACUGUCAACACAGCCCGAGACAUUGCCCAUGUGAUUUGGAAUGUGGGCUGGCGCCGCUAA